AACUCUGAGGGACAAAAUCGGGUGGUGGAUCUUAUCGAGGAAUGUUUAAAAGCGGGUACAGUUGUGGAGCUCGAUCAAGGGCACCUAUUUCAGUCAAGUGCGAUGGCAGGUGCUUUUAGUACUCCAUUCUCACAGACCAUGUUCGGUACGACAGGUCCUACUAAAAACAGUGAAACUUCAUUCGUGACAAAUACAGGUGCUCCAACUUUCACAGGUGAUUCAGUCUCACGGCCUGCUAAAAUCCCUUGGAUCAUAUCUUCCACAAAUGCAGGUGCUUUUAGCACUCCAUCUUCGCAGAUAAUGCUUCAUACGACAGGUUCAACUAAAAACAUUGAGACUUCAUCAGUGACAAGUGCAGGUGCUCCAACUUUCACAGGUUUGCCUAAUUAUCUUCAUUGGAACCCAUCAGUUGCAAAUUCAGGUGAUUCAGUCUCACAGCCUGCUAAAAUGAAAAUCCCUUGGAUCAUAUCUGCCACAAAUGCAGACCCAGUCGAUCUAAGAGAGAGGCUGACAACUGCUGAGGAAGACGAUCGCGAUAAAAAAGGCAACGGACUAAUAGAUUGGAGCUAGCGUCUGAAACUGAAGCUGGUACUGGCGCCAUGAACUUGAUAGCCUGAUUGAGUCGGGCCUUACUCGCUGUGCUCCUUCAAGUCGAAUAGUUGCAAUUGUGUUGGAGGAUACCAUUAAGGAGGUGUUUGGAUUAGAGAGUGGUAACGUCAAUGGUAAAGGAAUUAGAUCACGCUGGUAUCGGGACGUAAUGGAUAAAUCCUUGUUUUGUUUGGUUCAUGCCUGUAAAUGAAUCUAGUUAGACUUCAUGAUUGUUGCGGCCGGUGGCUGAAAAAGGAGAGCAGACAAGGGAGAGGCCGGAGGAUCAAGGACAGAAGGAGGGAGGACUAGCCGGCCAUCGGAGACGGGAAGGCACAUCUGAUUGAUUUCUGAUUGUAAGACCGAGACUUGUGAUCCAUCGGCUCGAUUGCAGUAGUUGAAGAAACAGAGGGAACCGAAAGCAACUCUCAAGUUCAGAGGGUGAGCAAAUCAGAAAUCUAAUUUUGUUCAUAUAUAUAUAAGUAAUGAGCUGCAGAGUGAACAUCUACUGCUGCACAAUCUAUUUUUUGUGAAAA